CUGAAACUCGUCAUGACUCUGAAAUCCGACACAGUUCCUGCAGAAUGAGUCUUCCUGGAGUUGAAACCUUUCUGUUUUCCGCGGGUUUGUCUCGGCCAGAGGCUCCACAGGUGGGCUCCGUGUUUGGUUCCAUGUAACCGCUGAGCUGAGGUGUUUCCUGGCCCCUCAGAGCCGCUGCGCUCCUCCGGGUUCACGCAUGGCGACCGCCGCCGCGAAAAAAUUACGCAUUUCCUAAAGCCGGAGCGCUGGGCUAUAAACACCGUGGCAGGCCGUGGAGUGACGUGUAGCAUGGUGGAUUCCAGUAUUUCCGAUGGCCCCGAAUCGGAGCAGCAGACCCUGCUCUCCUUCUUGGAGUGCCCUCUGUGUUUUGAGCGUCUGGACGCCUCUGCCAAGGUGCUGCCAUGCCAGCACACCUUCUGCCUGUCCUGCCUGGAGAGGCAUGAGGUGGCCCAAAGCAAACUCUUCUGCCCGGAGUGUCUAGCUCCUGUUCCUGUUAGGAAAGUGGAGGAGCUCCCUGAAAACCUGCUGCUGGUUCGGCUCCUGGAGGGACUCCAGGGCCUGUCUGGUUCUGGCAAAGGCCCUCAGAGGGGCCGGUAUGCAGUGCCUGUAGAUAGGGGCGCCUUGAAGGUUCUGCAGCAGGCAGCCUUAAGAACGUCAGCGAACAACCAUCGCACUGACAUGUCGGGGGAGCCUGUCUUCCCUCCUGAGCAUAACUUCCCCUCCAGCCACAAAACGGAGGACAGCCGCUACUAUGGAAGCAGCAGCGACGGGAGCAGAGCGUCUCUCAGCCAGACGGCCCAGCUGCAGCCCCUCCAGCAGGCCCAGCCGCAGCCUCUCUGCAGGGCGCUCUGUGACUUCAACCCCGAGGAGAUGAAUGUGGAGGACACCAAAUAUUAUCUCAGCUUCCUCAAGGGCGACAUCCUGACCGCCAUCAGACGAGUGGAUGAGCAAUGGUUUGAAGCAAAGCUGGGGGAAAAAGUUGGGAUUUGUCCUAUACAGUUUAUAGAGCCAAACUCCGCUGCAGCCAAGCUGCUUAAAGGAAAGGGACGGAGCGGGAGUGACUCAGCAGAACCUCACCAUCAGUCAGGGAGUGGGGGCAAAGAGAAGGCCGCUGACGCACCCAGCUGCUCGGCCCAUCACGGAGCCCCGCAAGGUCAAGCCAAGACGCCCUCCGUCAACACUUUGCGGAAACAGCCCGGAGUAAACAGCUCCUUCCAGCCGCCCGCCAACAUCAGUGCCUCAUUCAGCUUCAACCCUCAGGGUCAGCCGCAGCACCUCUUGGCGCCCUCUGCAUCCCACGGCCGCUCUCACCCUCACAGACUGAACUCUCGGCGAAGUAGCCGGCGCUCCUACUCUCACAGACACCUGUUACAGACUGAAAAGAAGAUGACCAGUGAGACCCCGUCCACAAUCUCCAUGGCUCUGAUGAACCCCCAAAUGGCCUCCACCUCUGCAGACAACAAAAACUCCUCCACGCAGCAGCUCUCCAUCAGCGUUUGCGCCGUCCUGUACUCCUACAAACCUCGCCGGCCGGAGGAACUGGAACUGAGGAAAGGAGAGAUGGUGGGUGUGUACGGAAAGUUCAAAGAGGGCUGGCUGCGUGGGUUGUCUCUCAGAACGGGGAAAGUGGGCAUUCUUCCCAGCAACUUCAUCACCCCUGUGCUCAGAACCUCAGCCCGACUUCUGGAGACCAAAGUAGCUAAUGUGUCCUCGCAUCCCAGCGCGGCAUCUGGGAAGAAACCCACCCCUUCAAAAAAUCCCGCUGUGGUCCUCGCUCUGGACAGGGUGGGCGGUGAUGGAGCCAAAUCCUCAACAGGACAGGUCUCAUCUGUGCCAAAUGGAGCACAGCAUGCUGCAUCCUCCACCGGAGCUGUUAAACCGUCCUUCUAUGGGACGUCUCAAGGUUGGGACACUGUGAGGCGUGUUUUCAACCCGCACAGAGCCUCCCACCGAGCCUCGCAUACGUCCUCCUACAACAUCCCGUCCAACUCGCAACCUUUUGCACAAGUUCAGGCAUCAGGGUAUUCACCUGCCCUGCAGAGAAAGAGAAACAGCAGCCUCCCAUCCAAUGUCAAACCACAGAUGAAUGAGCUGGCAGCACCCUCUGCUGCUGCGACCGUGAAGGACAGGGAAUAUGCUGCAUUACAUGAAGCAGUAUUUCAACAUCACAGGCAAUCAGCUGCCAAUGGACCUCAGUCGAUUCUGGUCAAACCUGAUGCACAGAAAAACAGCACAGAUAAGCCUCAGAAAUCAGUUCGGUUCCUGACAGAUGAAGAGUCCCCUCCUCCAAGACAACGGACCUCCCUCUGGUCAUCGGGGACACAGGUUCACCCAAACUCCCGCCCUGGUCCCCUCCCUUUAGAAGUCUGGGCCCCGUCACUCACCAUGGGCAGAGACGGACCAGGGAUCCUUCUGAAAGACAGAAAGGGUCCACUUUUUAGGAAGGGCUUUGACACGGCUGCCUCUGAUCAAAAUUCUAACCAACAGAAACCGUUCCACUCACAGCCUUCACUGUCUGCUCAUUUCAGCCCCAUCAGACACAGAGUGACUGCAACACAUUUAGCCCAGACAGACUCAGAGCUUAGUCUGCUUCAAGGAGAGGUUGUCUUUGUCCACAGACCUCGGCCUGAUGGACGGGUCCUCCUUACGCAGAAGAGCAGCGGGCAGACGGGCAUUUUCCACAACACUAUCCUGCAAGUCCUUGAGAGGCUCAGCUGACUUUAUAUUUAGGCUGAAUUAAUGUAUAUUUCUAUUAUAUCUAUUUAAAUUGCCAAAUGAAUUAAUGGACCAACCGAACAAAAAGAGCAAUGAUGUCCAACAAACAAAUCCUGCCAAAUGACAAUGCAGUAACAGGUUUUUAUAUUGGCUCUGAAUGGGUGAGAGUGUGUGGGUAAGGUCUGCAGAGGUUUAUUUUCUGUCCUGCAUUGUGUGCACAUUUUUGUGGCGAGUUAUAUUCUAUUUUUUUUUGCACUAAAACCUACUUCAGGUUCCUUCCUUUAUCUGUUACACACAGUGGUGAGUGCCUUUUUCAAAACCCACCGAGAAAAAAAAUCUAUAUAUAUUUUAUUUGUAUAUAUAUUUAGAGAGAUUAAGUAAAUUAUCUGUACUGCUUCUGUGUUAAUAAAGUGUACUUCCAGAACAGCU